AUGCGAUUUGCUGAGGAUACCAGAUGCCAGAAGCUUGAAAAGCAAUGCGUAUUCUUUGAAAUCCCCAGAGACCCGGUCUCAGCGAGGCUCGAAAGCGUAGAGUCCGAGAUUCAAAGUCUACGACAUCAGCUGGCCGAAGUACGGCAGCUUUUACAGCAGGGGAGUAUUGCAGAGGCACCUCCUAGCCAAGAGCUAGAACCUACGAUACGGCACCGUGAAUAUGAUCAUCAAGAGAUAUCGGCACCAGUGCACCCCAUGUACGAUUCUCACCGCGGAAGCUUGGGCCCCAUGACCAUUCCGGAGACUGCUGCCCCUCUAGGAGACUCGGCGUACUCCUCACGCGUACCAGCUAUUUCGCCGAUGCAAGGACGGAUUGCGUCGUCUUAUGGCUCUUCUGACCAGCUCACAUCACGACCCCCUAAAAGGAGGCGGUCGGCUUUUGAAGUCCGCGAAGAAGCCGUGGAAGACUUUAUCGACACGGGUCUCAUCACUCUAGAGGAUGCUCUUUCGCAUUUCAAUACCUUUUUCCAAGGCUGCGAUAGGUUUAUCCCGAUCUUUGAUCCCCAUUUCGACACAUUCAACUCUGUGCGGUCUCGUAGUAGCAUGCUCUUGAAUGCAAUCUGUACGACUGGGUGUAUGGUUGAGACAAGAGCCAGCGAACCGAAGUCGGAGAUGCUUCAUGCAGAGCUCAAGAAAUGGAUCAACGUGAUCAUUCAAAACAAGAGGUUCAACUGCCUGGAGUCUGUCCAGGCAAUGCUGGUGAUCGCUUGUUAUUCUGCGGAGCGCCUGCUGAUCCUGUCGUUUGCGACCCGAAUGGCAGUGGACCUUGGCUUGCAUGAAGCAUUUGAGGAGCUCACGGAGAAGAUCGCAAUUCGAAAUGACCAGGAUGUGUACGGGACUAGUGGCGUUGACGAUGAGCGCGAGCGGGUAUUGAUGCGUCAAUCACGGACAUGGUUCGGUCUUCUGGUGCUGGAACAUAUCUUUCGCGUUGAUGCAGGCAAACCUCCCGGCAUCCACCUGGUUGGAAACCCCCGUCGCUGCAGGUCCCUCUUAGGCCAUUCGUCAACCACCGUCCUCGACCUGCGGCUUCUUUCCCAAGUGGAGCUCAAUAUUCUGCGAGCCGCAAUCAACGACACGCUAGGGUCAGGUAGAUCGCUUGAUCAUGAGAGUAUAUCGGACUUUGUACAUGACAUGAAGGUAGAUCUGGAUCUCUGGUUUGAUGACUGGCUGCGUAUCAUCGAAGGAUCAACAGUUGCACGCCCGGAAAAGCCAUACCUGCUAGCCGCCAUGCGGAUACAGAAAUGCUGGGCUGAGAUGAUGCUCAAUUGCAAAGCCCUUCGGGCCAUGGAUGUACAAAAUGUUGCGGCCAUGUCGUCGGCUGAGCGAACCAUCCUUUUGACAGCGAAGUCAAGUGCCCGCCGCCACCUCCGUCUGAUGAUAGUGGAGCCGGAAUACUACUUGGCGAGCCUCAAAUACGCCAUGGAUUUUGUCUGGGCUAAGUGCGCAUUUUCCUUUCUUCUCCUUCUCAAACUAUCGCGUCUCCUUCCCGAGCGGGCUGAGGAGCAUCAGCAGCUCCUCGAGCAAGGGAAUCGACUCGUCGAUGAGCUGGGGAAGACUGGGCCGGGCUCGAAUCAAAGCGGCGCGGGCAACAUCUAUCUUCAGAUUCUCAAAGUGAGCAUCGAGAAGUAUGGCCGCGCAUUGCAAGAGGCUCAGCAGGCCAGUACUGGCGGGUCCACCGGCACAUCGCCAUUUUGGGAACUUUUUGACGCGCAGGCCGAUCUGCAGUGGUUUGUCCCCGAGCAGUUUGUUUCCGAGUGGGACUUCCCCGGGCUGAACUUGUUUUACUUUCCGACUGCCUGGCAGGAUUCCUUUGGGGAUUUUUCUCGAGCCAUGUGA